AAACUCUGAUUGACUAUAAAAAGGAGACAAAAGAUAGUUCAUUUUUUUUCUCAUUCUGUUUGUAACAGUGAAGAAUACCCAUGGACGAAAUUACUUCUCACAAGCACAAUCGACGCGAUUCCUUAAAUGAAAAAAUAGAAGCUGGUUCUUUUAUUGAAAAUGUUCAUGUUAUUCAGAAUGAUGACACAUCUUCCAUUCGUCGUAGAGAUCAAGGCCGUGAUGAAAACAGAAGACAUAUACCCGAGCAUCUCCGUAUUCCUGCAGUGGAAAAUGUGGGAUACUCGCCUCGUGUGGCUUACCUCAGUAAGAAAAUCAAGCAAGGCUUUAUGGCAGCCCUUUCACCUUUUAUCAAAGUCUUGCGUUUCUUAAACAGAAGAACAAGUUUAAGUUUCUGGAUUAUUGUGGCCAUGGUUAUUGGUAUCUUAAUUGGUCAUUUCGCUCCUGCCGCUGGUAAAGAAAUCAAGCCUUUGGGUGACGCCUUUAUUUUGAUGAUCAAGAUCAUCAUUGUUCCUCUUGUCUUUAGUGUAUUGGUGAUUGGUAUUGCUGGUCAUGGUGAUGAUAUUGCCAAAGUGGGCAAAUUAGCUAUCAAAACAAUUAUCUAUUUCGAAGUCGUUACAACACUUGCUCUUGCUGUCGGUCUAAUCAUGGCUAAUGUUGUGAAGCCUGGAAAGGGUGUUAUUCUGCCUACUGGCUCAGACACUUCAUCAGUCGAAGAAUUGGCCAACAAAGAAAAGACAUCUAUCACUUGGGCAAACGAACUCUUUUUGAUUAUUCCCGAGAGUUUCUUUAAGGCAGCUGUUGAAAACAAAGUACUUUCUAUCGUAUUUUGUGCUGUCUUGUUUGCCUGCGCCAUGAUGAAAGCUGACAAGUCCAGCAAGAGAUUCAUGCUUGAAUUGAAUGAAUCUCUUUCUCAAGUGAUGUUCCAAUAUGUCGCAUUGAUCAUGCGAUAUGCUCCCAUUGGUAUUGGUGCUGCUUUGGCUGCCACUGUAGGCGCUAAUGGCGUUAGCGUCUUGGCCAACUUGGGUAAACUCAUUGGCUGCGUAUAUGCUUCUCUCGUUAUCUUUUUGAUUGUUGUCUUGAUUCCUAUUAUGCUGCUUGCUAAAAUCCCAAUUAUUGGUUUCUUUAAAGCCAUUGCUCAACCCUGGUUGCUUGCUUUUAGUUCUGCUUCUAGUGAAUCUGCUCUUCCUUUAGCAUUUGAAAGAAUGCGUGAAUUUGGUUGUCCCAACUCACUCACUGGUUUUGUUAUUCCUUGUGGUUACUCUUUCAACUUGGAUGGUACUACCCUCUAUCUUUCAUUAGCUACCAUUUUCUCUGCACAAGCUGCUGGUUUGGAUUUACCUCUCUCUACACAAAUGUCUAUCAUGGGUACAUUGAUGCUUUCUUCCAAAGGUGUUGCUGCUAUUCCCCGUGCCUCUCUUGUUGUCCUGUCUGGUACCUUGUCUCAAUACAACAUUCCUUUAGAAGCCGUCUUAAUGAUUAUGGGUGUUGAUGCUAUUAUGGAUAUGGCUAGAACAAGUUUAAACGUCUUUGGUAACUGCCUUGGCUGUUGCGUUAUGGCUCGAAUUGAAGGUUCUUUCCGAGGCGAAGAAUGGCGUGAAGAAGAAGAAGAUCGUCGCUACAAGAAGUGGAUUGACGAGCAAGACAAAGCUGGUCUUUUGGAUAAAAAAGAUGAAGGAGAUGAGCUCUCUGAUGUUUUAGUGAUUCAUGACAAUAAGAAAACCAACAAUUGAUCUGUAAAAAAACAAACAUACUCUUUGUAUUAUAUAUAUUUCUUUUUUCUAUUAAAUAAACAAUUACAAUUAAAUUUAAGUACAC